AUGGCGGCGGCCGCCACCCCUUCGCCGGCGACGGCGCUCCCACCGGCGGACGACCCCGGGCACGACGCCGACAAGGAGGAGGAGGAGGAGUGCCGCAUCUGCCGCCUCCCCGCCGAUGCGGACCGCCCCCUGCGCCGUCCCUGCGGCUGCCGCGGCAGCAUGAGGUUCGUCCACGACGACUGCCAGCUCCAGUGGAUCGCCCGCCGCCGCAAACUCCCCCGCUGCGAGGUGUGCAGACGCCGCAUCUCCACCCGGCCUCUCUACGCCGGGGACGCCCCCGCGAGGCUGCCCGUUUCCGAGCUCAUGGUGGGCCUGCCCAGUAAGCUCAUUGGGCUGCUGCUCCCCCUCUUCUUCGCCGUCUGCGUCGUCCGGGAGUUUGUCGUUCCGCUGACCACCCGCUGGACGUGGCGCCUCGCGCUCGCCACCAACUUUGCUCAGGCGCGCCAUCUGCUCUCCCUGCGCCUAUCCAUGGCCUCAUGGACCUGCAUCCCUGCUUCAGCUGCAUUCUGCUUGCAGUUUGCACGCUUGGCUGUGCCAUUUGCCGUAGCUCCAUUUGCGCGCUGGGUCGCACGCCUGCUAGCUCAGAUGCAAAGCCUGGAGCUUGGGUUAUUUGAGAGAUUGCAAUUCCUUGCCAUGUCUGUUGUCGAAGUUUCCUUGGUGGUGGUAAUAGUUGACAUGGCCCUUGCUUGUAUUCUUUGUUUUCUCCCAUUCUCUCUGGGAAGGAUAAUCCUAUGGUCGAGAUCGUGUCUUGAUGUUUCCAAUGUGGAUGAUAUCAAUUGUUACACCUCAACAGCUUCCACCCUUCUAACUGGAUAUGGACUUAUGUUAAAGGUGGGUGCAACUUUUGCCGGGGCGCAUACUUUGUAUCUCUACUUGAGAGGCAAGCGCCUUGUGAUUGCAGUUUUCUGUAGAAGUCUGCAUGCUAUAUUCUACAGAGGGAUCGCGAAUUCAACCACUCUUGCCAAUGAAUCUCUUAAUAUGCUAAACAAUGGGAUAAUAGACCCAUUGUUCUUCGGCUGGUCGCUUGAUCUCUGCACUACGGAAUUGUUUGGUGUAACAAUGUCUCAGAGGUUCAAAUUGCUGAUUGCUUCAUCUUUUGCUUCUGCUGCCCUUCAUUGGCUUAUCGGAAUCUCCUUUUUGAAUCUACGCCUCAGAUUAUCAAGAUUUCUUCGCAAGAUAUUGGGGCCAGGAGUGGCCACUCCCUUUCUCGGCGGUACUGUUUCCCAACCAUUCUACACAUUUUAUCUCAAGAGGCUUGUUGUUCUUUUUCUCGAAACUAUCUUUAUUGUACUGGUCAUUUCUGUUCCUAUCAAAAUUGUUGAUCUAUUGGCACCAAUGGUGUUCCCUCUAGAAAUCCCCUACUUCGAUCAUCCUGCUAGGGGCACAUCAGUUUGGCAAGGGCCACUAAACUUUACAGAGUCACUUUCUGGUGUUAUUCAUAUGAGGUAUCUCAUUGGCAAAAUAGUCGUGUACCUUGCGACUCUGGUGGAGAGGGUAAUGGGGUGUUGGUUUGUUACUACCGGACAACCUCUUGGGAAAAAUGUUGCGGCAAAAGACCAGUAUGGUAGCAGCAAUGAUGCUAAGGAUGAUUGGAGACUUGCUGCUGUUCCAACAAUGCCGCGAGCGGUCCUAGCAUGGUUGACUGCUGUGAUAUUGAAUUCUGCUGUGCUUUUGCUUCCAGUCUCAGUUGGGCAUGCAUUGCUGUUUGCCGUCCCUCAGCUGCCAGUUGGACUGAAGUCCAACGAUCUGUUUGCUAUCACUGUUGGACUCUGCAUCAUAUCAACCAUCAUCGCCGCCUGUAGAGAUUUAUCUACCCGCGUGAUUUCGGGGAAAACACGCCUUCUAGCUUUGCAAAGGCAUCUGCUUGUCUGCAUAUGGAGCGUCGUCAUUCCACUCCUGACCGGUUUGCUGGUCGAUCUGUCAAUGAUAUCGCCCUUCUUCGUCGGUUCUGACGAUGAAUUCCCAGCCACGAGCUUUUUCCGCACUUGGCUCCUGGGGUGCAUCUUUAAGCAACUAUGGAUCAAGUGCUUCAUUGACAAAAGGCGGAAGGCAAAACUCAACCAGGCGAAGGAAGAUCUCUCCUCGGAGCUCAGGCCAAUGUGGUGGUUCUUUCAGGACGUAUGCGUGCCCGUCGUCGCUACGCUGCUCGCCGCCCUGGGUGUCCCCUACGUUCUCGCCAGGGGCGUCUUCCCUGGACUGGGCUACCCCGCCAACAUGAACUCGACGGCCUACCGCUUUGCGUGGUCGGGCAGCCUCGGUGUCUGCACGCUCUGCUGGCUGGCCAAGGCGUUGUGUGUCAUGCUCCAUGAUUCUAUCAAGGACGAUCGGUACACCGUCGGCCGAAGGCUGGAAGACGUUGAAUGA